AUGUUAGAAGAUGGAGAAAAAGAGCAAUUUCAUCGCCGUAUUCAUUACGCUGAUGUGGAAUCUGGAUUCAAAGUCUCGUCACCUCUAGAGCGAAGCAAUUCUAGAGUCUCAACCGAUCAUGAUAGUUUAAGUAUUCGACCUCACAGGCGUUCAUCAAUUGAAUUAUCAUCGGCACUUCCUAUCCAAUACAGAACGGUCUCGUUCCAAAUUGCAGGAUCCCAAGAAAAAAAUGCCGUGGAGGUACAACUCGCUAAAAAAUCAGCAGCAAAAGCACUUGCUGAUCUGGAUUGGCAUCUAAUUACACCGGAUGAAGUUCUUAAGCGCCUAUCAACAUCGACAUCUCAAGGUCUUUCGAAAGAACAAGUAAACCGAAGACUAUCGCAAUAUGGAAAAAAUUCACCAUCUCAUCCUCCAAAUCGUCUCUUUCAAACUUGGUUCGGUUACUUCUUCAAAGGCUUUGGAUCCAUUCUCCUACUCGGUGCUAUCCUCGUUUUUAUUUCCUGGAAACCUCUCGGAGACCCGCCUGCACAAGCAAACUUAGCACUCGCAAUUGUUCUCCUAGCUGUCUUUUUCAUACAGGCAGCUUUUAAUGCAUGGCAAGAUUGGUCUUCAUCCAGAGUCAUGGCUUCAAUUACUACUAUGUUACCUGAUAAUUGUUUUUUAUUGAGAGAUGGAGCUCGUGUCACUGUUAUUGCCAACGAUAUUGUUCCUGGAGAUGUUCUUUAUAUUAAAGCUGGUAAUAAGCUUCCUGCUGAUGUACGAUUUAUUGAAAUGUCUUCGGAUGCAAAGUUUGAUCGUUCCAUUCUGACCGGCGAGUCACUUCCACUUUCUGGAAUGGUUGACAAUACAGAUGAAAAUUACUUGGAGACAAAGUGCAUCGGACUUCAAGGAACUCAUUGCAUUUCUGGAAGUGGCAUCGGUAUCGUCGUUGCUACUGGAGAUACGACAGUCUUUGGAAGGAUUGCUCAACUUACCAACACCCCGAAAACUGGUAUGACUACUCUUGAGCGAGAAGUUUUCAACUUUGUUCUUGUAAUCGUUGCUUUUAUGGUAACCAUGAUUGUUCUUGUUAUUAUUAUAUGGGCAGCAUACUUGAGAAAAUCAUACCCUGAUUGGAUCAAUGUACCAACUCUGAUUGUUGAUUGCGUUUCUGUCGCCAUUGCAUUUAUUCCUGAGGGUCUCCCUAUUGCUUUGACGGCAUCACUUACUAUAACAGCAAAUCUCAUGCGUAAGAAUAAAAUUCUUUGCAAGUCAUUGAAGACGGUGGAAACUCUAGGUGCAGUCAGUGUCAUCUGUUCAGACAAGACAGGUACUUUGACAAAGAACAAAAUGUUUGUCACAGAAUGUUGUAUAGGAACAUACAGUAUGACUCCACAAUCGGCCAAAGAUGAGAUGACUUCAAGUGGUCGGAACAAUACUGCGAUCUCUCAAAUGAGAUUAAUUGCUGGACUUUGCAACUCUGGAGAAUUUGAUGCCGGUACAAUGCACCUACCACUUUCCGAUAGAAAGAUCAACGGUGAUGCUACUGAUCAAGCUGUGUUACGAUUUUCCGAGUCACUCGGUCCUGUCUCUGAACUCCGAAACAUGUGGCGGAAAACUUUUGAACUGGCUUUCAAUAGCAAGAAUAAGUUCAUGGUACGAACAUUGGCACUCACUGAGCCCGAAGGCCGUUCUUAUGCUCUUCCUAGCGAAGAAGCAACAAGUUUUGCCUCGGAUGAUACCCUAUUAACCAUCAAAGGUGCACCGGAUAUCUUGAUCACUAGAUGCUCAAUGUACACCACCAUCGACGGUAAUUCGAAAGCUCUUGACGAAGAUGUACUUGAGAAAAUCGACGAAAUUAAGAAUGGCUGGUCGGCAGAAGGCAGACGUGUCAUUUUACUAGCACGAAAGAUUGUCAAGAAAGACGAGUUGAAAACAACUCCAGAUUCAAGUCACUUCGAAAAAGAAAUAUCAUCCCAUGCACGAUCUGGUCUUACAUUGGUAGGCAUCCUCGGUAUUGUGGAUCCUCCUCGUGAUGAAAUACCUUCUGUCGUAUCUACUUUGAGACGAGCUGGAAUUCGAUUUUUUAUGGUAACUGGAGAUUUUGCUUUGACUGCUCAAGCAAUUGCUACAGAAUGUGGAAUCGUCACCAAUCCUCCAAACAUGGUAAAAGAUGUCUCUUCCCUAUCACGAAUUAAACUCGUUUCCGAAACAGCUUCGCAGUCCGAAAAUGAAAGCAAAGACAUUGCAAUCACUCCACAAAUAACAUCCAUCGUUCUAAGCGGACCGGAAAUAAUCACUCUCAAUGACAGUCAGUGGGAUCAACUUUGCAAAUACGACGAAAUCGUUUUCGCCCGCACAACACCCGAACAAAAACUACGAAUCGUCCGUGAGUUUCAAAAACGUGAUGAGAUCGUUGCAAUGACUGGUGACGGUGUUAACGAUGCACCUUCUCUCAAAGCUGCUGAUAUCGGGAUUGCACUUGGAAGCGGUUCGGAUAUAGCGAUUGAAGCUGCAGAUAUGGUUCUUCUCGAGUCAUUUAGUGCUGUUGUCGAGGCAGUCCAAUAUGGAAGAGUGGUCUUUGAUAAUUUGAAAAAGACAAUUGCGUAUUUAUUGCCUGCGGGAUCAUUUUCGGAGUUCUGGCCAGUUAUGACGAAUGUGGCGUUUGGGUUGCCGCAGAUAUUGUCUUCGUUUUUGAUGAUUAUUAUCUGUUGUUUUACCGAUUGCGCUGCGGCCACAGUCCUCGCGUACGAAACCCCUGAAGCCGAUGUUCUUCUCCGCAAACCGCGAAAUACCAAAACAGACAGAUUAGUCGAUUGGCAACUUAUUCUCCAAGCGUAUGGAUUUAUCGGUGUAAUUGAAACAGCAUCUUCAUUCGCAAUGUCGUAUUGGUAUUUACAGCGUAGCGGAAUCCCAUUCACAGAUCUGUGGUUCAAAUAUGGAAAGUUGCCAGAGGGAAUCGAUCAGAAUUAUGCGAAUGCGAGAUUGGCCGAGGCGUCGAGUAUUUAUUUUGUUAAUUUGGUGGUUAUGCAAUGGUUUAACCUCAUGGCCCUCCGCACCCGUCGUCUCAGUAUCUUCCAGCAUCCUCCCGCUUUCAACAAGGAAACGCAAAAUCUAUAUAUUUUCCCUGCGAUUCUAUUUGCAUUGGUAAUGGCGAUUUUCUGGCUCUAUAUCCCGCAGUUGCAAAGUGUGUUGGGAACGAGUCAAGUUCCGGUGGAACAUUUCUUUUUGCCAGCAGCGUUUGGAGUGGGUAUUUUGAUAUUGGAUGAGGGGAGGAAGUGGGGAGUUAGGAGAUGGCCGGAGAGUUGGAUUGGGAAGUUGGCUUGGUAA